UAACUCUCCGGGCACCUUCACCCUCCCGGCCGGGGUGAAGUCCCCCUCGGCGGUCUAAAGCUGUUUCUAUUUCAAAGUAUUGUUUUUCACUGGUUCCCAGCUCAAAAUCGUCAUAAAACAUAGUGACCAUUUACUCUGACAUUUGCAGUGAAAUCCAUCGGGAAGUGAUUGAACUGAAUGUGUUCAGCAGCGCAGUCACAUUGAAACUGAAAGUUGCAAAUGUGUUGCUGGUCAAAGCACAGCAGGCCAGGCAGCAUCUCAGGAAUAACUCUAUUCCUGAGAUGCUGCCUGGCCUGCUGUGCUUUGACCAGCAACACAUUUGCAGCUGUGAUCUCCAGCAUCUGCAGACCUCAUUUUUUACUUGAAACUGAAAGUGGUUUGGAUCAGGAAGUGCUGAGUGUGAACAUGGCUUCCAGACAGCAGCUCCUGAGACUGACCGAGGAGACAAUUUGUCCCAUUUGUCUGGAUUUCUUCACCGAUCCGGUUACACUGGAUUGUGGACACAACUUCUGCCGCUCCUGUAUCACCCAGAGUUGGGAAAAGAAGGAGAUAAACUCCUGCCCGGAAUGUAGAGAGGUGUUUCCGGAAAGAAACCUCAGGGUAAAUCGGGCCUUAGCGAAUCUGGCCGAGGAGGCUCGAAAAUUAAAGCUGGAUCCGACAGAGAAGGAAAGUAAAUCUCACUGUGAGGUACAUCAGGAAGAUCUGAAGCUGUUUUGUGAAACUGACAGAAAAUUGAUCUGUCUGAUUUGUAGAGAUUCGCGGGAACACAAAACUCACAACUUCCUGCCGAUCAGCGAGGCUGUUGAAAUCUACAAGGAUAAACUGAAAUCUUCCUUAGAUUCUCUCACAGAGAAGAAAUCGGCGGUUCUCCAAACGGAACUGACCCAGAAACGGAAGAUUUCCGAAGUGAGGGAACAGGCGAGCAGUCUGCAGACCCACAUCACAUCCGAGUUCACUAAAAUGCACCAGAUACUCACUGAGAAAGAGCAGCGUUUACUCAGAGAUCUCAGGGAAGAAGAGGAGAGGAUUGUAGAAUCCAUGGAGAAAAACCUUCGAGAGAUUCAGGAGAAUUUAAAUUCCAUUGAGGAGGAACUCUCAAAGUUGCAGAAACAGAUGGAGCAAAAAGACGAGCUGAUGUUUCUGAAGGAGGCAGCUUGUCGGAAGAGAAGAAUUAGUGAUGAGGGCAUGAAACUCUCAGCUGCUGAUGGCUCUCUGUCUCUCGGACUGUUCACCGGCCCUUUACAGUACACUGUCUGGAGAGAAAUGAUACACACCAUUCACCCAGCUCCAGCCUCUCUGACUCUGGAUCCGAACACAGCGCAUCCCCGGCUCAUCCUGUCUGAGGACCGGACCAGUGUGAGACUCGGAGACAAACGGCAGCCGCUCCCUGACUCCCCGGAGAGAUUUGAUCCCUGGCUCUGUGUCCUGGGAUCAGAGGGAUUCACAUCAGGGAGACAUUACUGGGAGGUGGAGGUGGGGGAGAAGACCCGGUGGUAUCUGGGAGUGGCCCGAGAGUCUGUGAUGAGGAAAGGGUGGAUCAGCCCGAGCCCGGAGACUGGAUUCUGGAUUGUGGAGCUAUAUCCCGGACAUGGUUAUUUAGCCGCCACCUCCCCCUCACCGACCCGCCUCUCCCCGAGUGUGAAUCCCCGGAAGAUCGGGGUUUUCCUGGACUAUGAGGGUGGACAGGUGUCAUUUUACAAUGCGGACACCAUGUCCCAUCUCCACACUUUCACCCACACUUUCACUGAGAGGCUCUUUCCCAUCUUCUGUCCGGGAGGGAAUGACGGCGGGAAAAACUCCGCCCCACUGACAAUCUGCGGGAUUAAAGGGCACUGACAGAUCCAUACCAUAAUUUCACCCCGUCCCCCUGCCUCCUGCCAGCUGUAAACUGAUGGGGGUCAGUCUCAGUCUGGGGGAGAGAAGGAGGGGGAGAGAAGAAACAAAUAGAAGCUCAAUUGUAGAGAGGGACUGACUGGGUAGAAUGAGCUGUGAGCUGCAGGAACCCGGGGACCUUCCUGCCUGUAAUGUUGCUCCACAGGCGGGAGGUGGCGCUACAUGACGGUGUUGGAGAUGAAUCAGUCAGUGGGUCUCAGACUGGGCUCAGGGGAGUCUUUCCAGGGGGACACCAAAUCAUUUCCCUGCAGGGUCAGUGGAGUCUUUCCAGGGGGGACACCAAAUCAUUUCACUGCAGGGUCAGUGGAGUCUUUCCAGGGGAGACACCAAAUCAUUUCACUGCAGGGUCAGUGGAGUAUUUCCACGGGAACUGGGCUCAAUCAAAAUAAAAACAUCAGACUGAUCUUGUUUAGACUUCCACCAUGUGUCAGUAAUGUGUAUUCCACACAUAAUUUGAUAACGUUGAGAAACUGGUCUUGUUUUGCUCAGGUCUGUAACUAUUGCCCAGAAUGUUAACUGCUCCUUCGUUAAAUUGGAACAUUUGAAAACCCCAGAUUUGAAAGUGAUGGGUGAUUUGAUUAUUUCUGUCAUGAUCAGAUAAUAUUUAACCAUGAUUGAAAUUGUUCAGUUGGUGCAGUCAGUUAUCAGUUAUCCCUGAGUUAUUGCUCUCUCAUCUCAUUUACAGUGAAAUAAUCCUUAAGUCACACCAAAGGAAAUGUCUGUUUGAUAAACGCUCGCACUCUACUAUGCACAGAACCUAUUCAGCCUUUUGAUAUCUAUGUUUAUGUAAUUAUCAUUUAUAUAGGAGUGCAGUAUCAAAUUUGUUUGUUCUUCAAUCAAAUCAAUAUCUGCGAUUCUCGACAGUGAAAGCAAGGCUUCUAAAAAAAUGACUUCAUCAAUAAAUCCAAGAGAGUUGUCAUUUUAUUUGAAAAUUUCUCCAGAACAUGUAUUCUUAAAGCUCAUAUUCCAACUUCAUCUCGUUUAUUUCAAAAUUCACUGUUUUGAGUCAGUGGAGUGUUAGUUACCGGAAAAUGAUCCCACGGUUACUCUGGACCUUCAGUUAUUGCUUCCUUCGGUAAGGUCUUAGAGUCAGAGAUUGAUAGAGUCCUACAGCACAGAGAAUAGGCCCUUCGGCCCAAACUAGUCUAUACCAACCAAAAGGUCUAUCCACACUAACCUCAUUUCCUUGCACUUGCCCCAUAUCCUUCUAAACAUUUCCUGUCCAUGUAUUUCUCCAAACUUCCUUGAAAUGUUGUUGAUGUGCCCGUCGCAACCACUUUAGCUGGCAUCUUAUUCCGUAUGCAAUCCACCAUCUGUGUAAAAUCAUUGCCCAUUUUAUUCUUUCCCCUCUCAGUGGAAACUGAUGUCCUCUCUUCCUUGAUUCUGCAACCCUGUGUUAAAGACUGAGUGCAUUCACCCUAUCCAUACCUCCCAUGAACUUAUUCAUUUCUCUAAGUAUCUCCGCUCAGUCUCGUCCACUCGAAAGUAAAAUGUCUUCGCUUGUCCAACCUUUCCCUAUAACUCAGACACUUGAGUCCAGGUAACAUCCUUGUAAAAUUCUUUUGCACACUUUCCAGUUUAAUAACAUCCUUCCUACAGCAAGGUGACCAAAACUGAACCCAAUACCCCAAGUGCAGCUUCACCAAUGUCCUGUACAAUUGCAACAUAACUUCCCAACCUCUGUACUCAGUGCCCUGACUGAUGAAGGCCAGUGUGCCAAAAGCCUUCUUCAUUGUCCUGCCCACCUGUGACUCCACCUUCAGAGAACCAUGCACCUGAACUACAAGUCCCUCUGUUCUACUACAUUCCUUAUGACCCUAACAUUCAUCAUGAAAUGCCCACCUUGAUUUGACUUUCCAAUUCGCAGGACCUCAGACUUAUCUAUAUUAAACUCCAUUUGCCAUUUCUCAGUCCACUUCCCCAGCUGAUCAAGGUGGUGGUGCAAUUUCUGAGAAACUUUCUGAUUGUCGACAAUACUGCCUAUUUUAGUGUUAUCUGCACAUUAUCAUGUGGUGGCCAGUGGGAUCGUCCACAUGUUUCAGAUCGUGAAGCUGUAAAGGCACAUGGAUAGGGUAUUCAACUGGUCCAAGUCCAAUCCCUUUUCCCCUCCUGCCCUCCAAUAUUGUUUUUACAGUCAAACAUUUGUUCAAUUUUGUAAUAUUGUAAGUGUUUCAGUUUCUUAAAAUAAAGCGUAA